UUUCGGGGCAGAUUUGGUUAAGACGUGUUUUUCGGAUAUUCUUGAGAACGAAAAACCAUGCGUGACCUAAGACAAUGUUUGUGUUUUUUGAGGUUGAUAAUCGCUGUUGUUAUAAUAUCGAAUAACCGAAUAACAGUUGAAGCUGAUCGCGUUUCAGGAGAUGUUCAAUUAUUAGUUUACAACAGAUCAACCAGUGAACUGGCGCCAAUUGAAACCAAUACAGAUAAAACUGAGCUCACCGGAUGCACACCCGGGGAAAUUUGGACCCUUAUCGUUCAUGGAUGGCGGGAAGGAACUCUGACCGAAUGGGUUCCGGAUAUGUUGAAUAUGUUUCAGAAGCAUCGUGGAGGCUGUGUGAUGUUCAUGGUCUACGCCAAUAACAUCAAGGAUCUGGAUUAUUUUGGGGAGCUGGUGCCCCAAUUUGAUCAUCUUAGUGAUGUUCUGGUGGACUAUCUUCGGUUCAUUGAAAAGGCUGGAUUUGAUCCUGCUGAUGGGCUGCUGUUCGGUUUCAGUUUUGGAGCUCAUAUGAGCUUUGAAGCUGGUCGCCGGUUUGGGAUCAAAAAACUCGGGAGGAUUGAUGUCUGCGAACCAGCCAAUCCAGGCUUCGACAGCAACGUCGAAUACAGCUUUCUGGAUCCGAUGGUGGCGGCCAAGAAGGUUCAGUGCAUUCACACCAGCGACAGUUUGGGAACCAGCUUUCGGAAGUGUCACAUCAACUGGAACAUGGGCAACUGCGGCAAAUCACAGAUAGCAGCAGGACCCUAUCCGAAAGGAUCCCACGGAUUGUGCCCGUAUUUCUACAACAGUGCCUUUGAACAUGAGUUUUCACCUGUGCCGAAACCAGUCCAAUGUAGCUCCAAUCGACCGAUUUCGGAAUGGCCUAAGGGAUUCCGCAUGGGAUACUACUGUGAUAUGGAUAGCGGAAUCCACGGCGAUCUUUUCUCCCCCACGGUCAAAAACCCACCCUACAAUGAAGAUACGACACUUAAUGAAAUUCAUUGAAACCGUCCAAACCGAAGCCAGUAUGAUCGUUAUUCUGGAGACGUUCCCAAACUUCACAACGGAAUCGAUCGCAAGUGAAAGUGCUAUCAAUCAGUAGUGGAAGAGAUAGAAACAAAGAAAUAAGACGAAUUUGGAGCGUUGUCUUCGUCGGUCCAGUACCGGUUCUAGAGAAGAGACACGAGCCGCUCUUAGCUUUGAGGUGUCAACUGGCAGACGUCUGGCUCCCAGCCGAAAUUUCAUUAAGAGCCGUGAAACUCCGAUCCGGAAUAAAGAUACAUGGUUGAUAUUAGUUUUGGAGGUUUGGAGCACUUUGGGCAGUCUGGUUCGGGUAAGUGACCUAAA